AUGCGAUGUCUAACCAGAAAGUCGGCUGCGGGCUCGCCUUGUUAUGUGGCGGUCAAGGCUUUGUUCCCAUGCCAGUCGCUUGCACCAAGCCCUGAGAAGCAUCGGUGUCGACGGAGACAGUCCAAGGGAUCUCUCCGCAUGAGUUGGGUGAGGAGCCAGAGAAAGCAUCCAGUACCUGGAGAGUGUCGACGGAGACAAACGACUGAAAAGAAGCAAGACAAAAAGGAAGAUGCCGGGUCAACCACUGACCCUGAGCCCGACAAGGGACAAUACGUUGACAUUUGCGAGCAGAGCACUGGGGAAUAUAAACUGGAAAGCUUACAGGACCGACUCGAGUCCUUGUCUAUUAGCGACAGCCGUCCCAGGACCAUCAGCCCUUCUAUUGAAGAGGCCUUCAACUUAGGAGAGGCCUUGACUCCGCCUGACAUUGAGUCCUUUGAGGAUGAGACUGACGACUAUUGGACGUGGGACCUAGAGACGCAGCAGUUUAAACACUGGGAUGAGGAAGACAAAGAGUGGGUAUACUUCCCCGAGAUCUUUGACUGA